AUGGCAUGGAUGAAUCAGACACUGGUGACUGAGUUCUUUGUGAAAGGAUUCUCAGAAGCCUCUCACCUCCAGUCCUUGUUCUUUGUCUUUUUCCUCUCUCUUUACACAGUGGCACUCUCAGGGAACAUCCUCAUCUUUGUUACAAUCAGUUUUAAUCCCACACUGCACACACCUAUGUACUUCUUUCUGGUCAGUUUAGGAUUGAUUGAUAUCUUGUGCACCUCUACAAUUGUACCCAAACUGCUUGAAAACAUACUGGGCAGAAAGACCAUAUCCUAUUCAGGUUGCAUGGCACAAAUGUAUUUCUUCACUUGGUCCUUAGGGGCUGAGGUGCUGCUUUUCACAGCCAUGGCUUAUGACCGGUAUGUAGCCAUCUGCCAUCCUCUCCGCUAUAGUACCAUGAUGAGCAAGAGGGUUUGUAUGCUGUUAGCUGCUGGAGUUUGGUCAAUCAGCAACCUCAAUAGCAGCAUUUGUAGCAGCCUUAUGCUUCGAUUGUCUUUCUGCCACUCUAAUGUAAUUAAUCACUUUUUCUGUGAGUUCCCUCCUCUACUGAAGCUCUCUUGUAGUCCUACCUAUAUUAAUGAAAUUAUGGUUUUCAUAGCAGAUGUAUUUCUAGGUAUGGGGAAUUUCAUGAUCACGAUGCUCUCCUAUGCCUGCAUUAUCUCCAACAUACUGAAAAUCCGCAGCACUGAGGGCAAAAAGAGAGCUUUCUCUACCUGUUCUUCCCACCUCAUUGUGGUCAGUGUGUAUUACAGCACUGUAAUUUAUACCUACAUCCGGCCACCUUCCAGCUACUCAUUAGAUAAAGAUAAAGUUGUGUCUGUGAUAUACACUUCAGUGGCUCCCACCCUCAACCCUCUCAUUUACACCUUGAGGAACAAAGAUGUCAAAGUGGGACUGAAGAAAGUGUUCUCUUUCUUCAAGAGAUGUUGA